AUGAGCAUCCGGGCGCCACCCACACUCCUGGAGCUGGCAGCAAAGCGCCUGCUGAGGGACCAGGCCUCGGCCAUCGCAGCUCUGGAGCACCUGCCCGCCGAGCUCUUCCCAUACCUGUUCGCCAUGACCUACCCUGGUGGACGCCGCCUCCAGCUACUGAAGGCGUUGGCCCAAGCCUGGCCCUUCACUGUCCUCCCUCUGGGGGUCCUGAUGCGGCGUCCCCCUGAUCAUGCCCCAACCAGGGCCGCAGGCUUAAAAGCCGUGUUUGAUGCGCUUGACGUUCUGCUUGCCCAGGAGGUUCGGCCCAGGAGGAAACUGCAGGUGCUGGAUUUAAGGAACACGGGUGCCAACUUCUGGGAUAUGUGGCUUGGAGUCAGCACCGGGAAUUGCUCACCGACAGGACCAGUGACUGUGCACAGCUCCAGCCCCAACAUGGAGCAUCUCCUGGCUCCCUUGGAGGUGUUCCUAGACCUUAACUUCAACGAAAGAGACCGGGAUAAGUUUUUCAUGCACAUCGUCCAAUGGGCCCAGCAGAGGGAGGGGUUGCUACACCUGUGCUGCAAGGCGCUGAGGAUUCCUGAGGUGCCCUUCCAGAGGGUCAGGAGGGUCCUGGAUAGGGUGAGGCUGGACUGCAUCCAGGAGGUGAACGUGAACUGCACCUGGGACCUGCCCACCCUGGGGGCCUUUGCUCUCUACCUGGGUCAGAUGAGUAACCUGCAGAAACUCCUUCUCCUGGGAGAGCUGGCUGAGGAUGAUGAGGAGGAAGGGGAUGAAGAGCAGGAGGAGGAGGGGGAGGAAGAAGAAGCUCAGGCUGCAGCACCUCCGGGAGCUCCACAUGCAUUCUCCCUCCUUCCUCCGAAGGAGUGCAAUUUUCUAAUUGCUGGUGAAACUGAGCUUACAUUUUUGUUACUGGCCAUCCACACACGUUUUUCUGUGAACUUUCUGCUUAUAUCACUUUCACAUUUUGCUACAACAAUGUCUCCAGUCACAGAUUUGCAGAUGGUGAACCUGAGACAGAGAGUGAACUACCUUCUCCGAGGGGGCCAGCUUGAGGUGGUAAAGUUGAUUUACCUGGCCAGCGCGGGCAUCAAUGGGCUGCUUGUAGCAUGUCUACAGGAUAACGACAAGUAG